AUGGGUCAGCGGUCAACUGUUUACUCGGCCUACAUUCCGAGGAGGAAAAUGGGCCCCCGCGCGGGAGUGCGACUCGCUCCAGAGACAGUUAACUCAGCGACACCCGGGGGCCCCGACACCCCCAGUUCGGCCUUCGGCCCCUCUGCACGCACGCGCAGUCGCAGAACUCUUCCUGCGAAGAAGCUGCGGAUACUCAGCGGCGGCUGCGUCAGCGCGUGUGGCCGCGAGAGGGCCUCGAACGGCCUCACGUCACUGUGUGCGACGGCGCCUGCGCCGGAGAGCAUGCUGCCAGCCGCGCGGCGAGGUCUGGGCCUCGUACGGCUGCGGCUCCUUCGGGGGUGGCCUGGGCUCACGACCUUCUCCUUCCUGCGCGGCCUUGGGCCAGAGCCUUUGGAGACAGCCCGGUCACUGUGUUGUGAAUCCUCCCCUAGAGACGCACGGGAUGGAGAGGGACGGCGCGAAGCGGCACGGAGGAAAGCCCCCGGCACAGAGUCGCCCCCGUCUCUCCCUCCGCGCGUCCGAGGCACUGGGACCAGACGUCUUUCGUCGCUGGAAAGCCUCAGACUGCCGACGCCACGAGAGGAGUCACCCCCUCAAGAGCGCGAGGACUCGAGCGGAGACCAGGGCCAGCCCGGUCCCGCCCACCGGGGAGCCGGGGGUCCCUUGCCGCCCUCCCUGGCCCAGUCCGGGACCGAGGUAGAAGAGCUUCAUGGCUCCUCUUCCCGGUCGACUUCCAGAGAGGGGCCCUUUCGCGCUGGGGAGUUGAUCUUAGCCGAGACGGGGAAGAGAGAGACACAAUUUAAAAAAUUAUUUAGGUUGAGUAACGCCGGACACUUAAAUAGUAGCUGGGGGACAGUCCCGUUCAGCGAGAUCGUGGGGAAGUUUCCCGGCCAGAUACUGAGGAGUUCCUCUGGGAAGCACUUCAUGCUGAGGAGGCCGGCGUUGGAAGACUAUGUAUUACUGAUGAAAAGAGGGCCUGCCAUAACCUAUCCGAAGGAUAUGAAUAUGAUACUGUCGAUGAUGGAUAUCCACCCAGGUGAUACUGUUUUGGAAGCUGGCUCAGGCUCUGGUGGAAUGAGCUUAUUUUUAUCCAAAGCAGUGGGAUCACAAGGACAAGUCCUCAGUUUUGAAAUACGAAAAGACCACCUUGAAUUGGCUAAGAAGAAUUAUAAAAACUGGUGUGAUUCAUGGAAAAUAAGUCAUGUAGAAGAGUGGCCAGACAAUGUGAAUUUUAUUCAUAAGGAUAUUUCAGGAGCAACUGAAGAUAUAAAAUCUUUAACAUUUGAUGCGGUUGCUUUGGAUAUGUUGAAUCCUCAAGUUGCUUUGCCUGUUUUAUACCCAAAUCUUAAACAGGGUGGUAUAUGUGCUGUAUAUCUAGCAAACAUCACACAGGUUAUUGAACUUUUAGAUGGAAUUCGCAUCUGUGAACUUGCUCUCACAUGUGAAAAGAUAAGUGAAGUUAUUGUCAGAGAUUGGUUGGUUUGCCUUGCAAAACAGAAAAAUGGAACUUUACCUCAAAAAGUAGAACCUAAAAUCAAUACAGAUUUACAAUUACAUUCUCAAAAGAAAGUUAGCAUUGAAGAUGAGAUGUUUCAAGAGGAUGACCAUGAAGAAUCACAUUUGGAUUUUCCAUAUGGAUCAUUUCCCUAUAUUGCUAGACCUAUACACUGGCAGACUGGUCAUACAGCAUUUCUUGUCAAGCUGAGGAAGUUUAAACCACAACUUAACUGAGUACCUCAGAAGGUAGCAACUGAUGGGAAGAAGGAAAGGUAUCAAAAUAGAACUUUAUAUUGCAAAACACUACUUUCAUAGAUUGAAAUUUUUUGCUAUAUGAUUUGUAUAACUUUUACAUAUAAUUUCAAAAAAUAACAAAAGCUGAAGGAAGAUGUGUAACAUUUCAAAACAAUUUAAAUGUCCCAUUUUGACACUUGUCUUGUAGUUUGACAUUUUGUAGUUAAUGAUUCCAAGUUGGUUUAGUUGAGCCAUUUCAUUCUUCACUUCCUGUAAACCACUCCAUAGAUUUGUCUUUCUUCAUAAAAUUAGUUUUCUUUUCUUUGUCUGAUUGAUGGUCGUUGGCUACCAAAAUAAAAUACGCAUUUUAAGAUAAAUUUUAAUGUAUUUUUGUAUUUUAAGUACAUAUUUUAAUGGCUUGUCUGUAUCUUAAAAAGUAGCGAAAUCUGGGUUAUAGUAAAUAAUAGGAAAACUGCUAAGAAUCAUAUAACCAUCUUAAAAACUGUAAUAGAAGAUGUAACAAUUGACUCUUUUAUCAGAAUCAUUUUAACUUGUUUGAAAGAACAUCAGAAUUAAUUAGGGGUUUAUUAUUCAUAGGCAUCAGUUAUUUAGCAUUUACCAGUACCCUACAUUGUUUUAAACUUUAUAUAAUGUUUUUUCAUUUAAUAGAGGUAGCUUAUCUUUAAGGUUAUCUAUAUUCUACAGAUAAACAAAAACGUAGAGUGGCUAGGUUAUUGUUUAGAUACGGGUUUUUAUAGUUUUUAUGUUUGUUUAUUUUUUGAGAGACAGAGCACAAGUUGGGGAGGGGCAGAGAGAGAAGGAGACACAGAAUCCAAAGCGGACUCCAGGCUCUGAGCUGUCAGCACCGAGCCUGACGCGGGCUCAGACUCACAAACUGUGAGAUCAUGACCUGAGCCGAAGUCGGAUGCUUAACCAAUUGAGCUACCCAGGCGCCCCAAUGUUUUAUAGUUUUUAAAGGGUAGUACCUGGGAGGAUAAAUGCUGCUAUUCCUGGAUUUAUCCCUUAGGCUAUUUAAAAUAAUAAAUAUUCUAAAUAACAUUUUACAUAUUUUUCAUUUUUUGGAAAAUUUUAACAUCUCUGCUUUUUUAGACCAUAAAGUUUAACUAGGCAUUAAAUAAUCACACAAAUAGAAAUUUGUUAUAUGCUCCAAAGAAGUACAGAGUACUAUAAUAGAGGUUUUGCUCUGGCCAAGUAAUUACCUAUGCAAGUGACAAGUGAGCUGAGACCUGAAUGGUAAGUACAAGUUAACUAUAGCAGGGAAAAUGAGAACAAAAAAGGCCAGUGAUGCUGGGGUUGAGUGAAAGAGACCCGAAAAAUAAGUAGGGGUCAGGUCAUGCAGGAUCUUCUAGACCUCUUAAGCUUGUCUAUCCUAAGAAAAAUAGGGUCUCAUUGAAGGAUUUAGUGAAGUGAGGGGUAACAUGCUUAGAUCUGUGUUUUGGAAAAAAACCACUCUCGUUGUAUUUGGGGAACAGACUGAAUCAUAUAAGCAGAUUAGCCUUCUGAUGUCAUAUUUCUUUAUGGUAACUAUCUAAACACUCAUACAGUAAUAAUGGCUUUAUAGUUUUCAUAACACUUCAGAUACAUAGAAGCUCUGAAGUAUUUUUUUUUUUUUUGGAAGUUUAUUUAUUAUUGAGAGACAGAGAGAGACACAGUGUGAGCAGGGGAGGGGCAGAGAGAGAGGGAGACAUAGAAUCUGAAGCAGGUCCCAGGCUCUGAGCUGGCAGCACAGAGCCCAACGUGGGGCUCGAACUCACAAACCGCGAGAUCAUGACCUGAGCCGAAGUCACUUAACUGACUGAACCACCCAGGCACCCCUGAAGUACAAUUUAAGUUCUAUCAUGGAACAUGCCUUUUUCUUCUGUCCUGUGUUUAACCAGUAGUGAAAUUCUUCAUGUAUUAUUUUAAAUGCAAGUUCUAAUUGUACUACAUGGAGAAGGGGCUGGCUUAAGAGCAAAGAAAAGUUGUGCCUCUACUCCUAUUUCACGUAGAAUAAUUAGUUUCUGUUCAGUACACUGCGCUCAAUUCAACUAUUGACAUUGAAUUGAACAAGAUGUCUUUAACGGUGUCCAUUCUAAUAAAUAUUAAGAUGAAUUGAAAACCAAACUACAUAAGCAAAUAAGCAUUUAUUUAUAUGGUUAAAGUCCAGCUUAAGCCCUUUCUCCAUGUCUCCAUUGAACAUUAAGCAUGUUAACAAUCUUGCUUAUGGGACAGAUUUUAUUUUUUUUAUAUUUAAAGUAAGCUCUUUACCCAUUGUGGGGCUUGAACUCACAACUCCGAGAUCAAGAGUCGCAUGUUCCACUGACUGACCCAGCCACAUGCACCGCCUACAGAUGUGUUCUUUUAAAGUUAACCUUUCUUAAAUUCGUGUCUGGCUGACAUCUCUCUUACUGUAAACUCCUACAGAUUUGUGACUGAUUCCGUUGUCUUCCUAGUACCUUCCAGAGAUCCCACCUUUUCCACCCACUAAUGGUCAAUAAAAAUGUGCUGAUGGCUGUAAACCUA